GGCCAACCAGAUCAUCUGAAAAACGUGUUGCCGAUUGACCUGCGAUCAGAAAACACACAAAAACUGUAGAAAAUGGCCUUAAAGGCGCUGAAAUGUCGUCAGUCGAAACGGCAAAAAGCAUCGCUUCGAUACAAGGUGAUCAAGAAGAUCGCCGACAGCAAGCGCAAGAAGGCAAAGGAAGCAAAGAAGCUGCCAAAGCUGAAGAGCAAGAAGCAAAGGUUGAUCCAGGUGCCGAACAUUUGUCCAUUCAAGAAGGAAGUUCUCGACGAGGUGCAAGAGUACAAGCAAAAGCAAGAGGAACUUCGCCUCAAGCAACGUGAGGCGGAGAAGCAGCAGCGGCAUGAAGCACUCCGCUCGCGAACGCUCCAGUCAAUGGUAGCGGAGGCGGAGAGGCGUCAAGAUCAGUUCGACCCGGAAACAAAGGAAGAGGAGAAGUACGGUAACUUCACCAGCAACGCCAAGGAGAACUCGCUAAAGGCUUACUUUAAGGAGUUUAAAAAAGUUAUCGAUGCCGCCGACGUGGUGCUGGAGGUGGUAGAUGCUCGCGAUCCACUCGGUACCCGGUGUGCAGAGGUGGAAAAAAUCGUUCGCGAAGCACCGGGACAGAAACGGUUGGUGUUGAUUCUGAACAAAGCCGACCUGGUGCCCCGCGAUAACCUGGAACGUUGGAUGAAAUAUCUACGCCGUAAGUGCCCUGUGAUUCCCUUCAAGGCGACGACACAAACGCAGAAGCACAACAUUGGCCACAAGAAAUUUAAAUCGGCAAAAACUCUCGAAUGUUCCCCGUGUAUCGGUGCCGAUCUGUUGAAGGAACUGCUGGCUAACUACUGUCGCAAUGAUAACAUCCGCACGUCAAUCCGUGUAGGCGUAGUUGGGUUGCCAAACGUGGGCAAAAGCUCCCUGGUGAACUCGCUCAAACGAAAGCGCGCCUGUAUGGUAGGAGCAAGGCCUGGUGUAACAAAACAGAUGCAGGAAGUUCAGAUUGAUUCGCACGUCAAGCUGCUCGACAGUCCUGGCAUUGUGUUCCAACGGCCAAAGGAACAGGAUCACAACAGGUUCUUUGCACUAAGGAACGCACAGAAGGUAACCGAAAUCCAAGAUCCGUACCCUCUGGCGGUCGACAUUCUGAAGCGAGGUACUACGAUGUACUUCUGCAAGCUGUACGACAUCAGCGAGUAUCACACGGCGGAUGAGUUUUUGGCGAAGAAAGCGAUCCAAAUGGGAGCGCUGGCAAAGAAGGGUGUUCCGGACGUAAAGAAAGCCGCACGAACGCUUAUCGAGGAUUGGAACUGUGGAAAGAUCAAAUACUGCACCCACCCACCGGAAGAUAAUGCGGAUGAGGUGCAUUUGGAUGCGCAGCUGGUCACGUCCACGGAGAAUGUUCCCGAGUUUGAUCUGGAGCAGUUGAACGGAGUGGUGGCGCAGCUUAGCGAGCAGUACGACGCAAGCUUCAAGGUGAAAGACGAAGACGGUAUGGAAAAGGGCAUUAAGCAGGAGGACAUUCUUACGAUGGAAACGGAUACCACUGGUCCGGUCAGUAUGCGGCUGGCCAAGGAUGACUACCUUGACGGUGCGCUGGAGAAGUUACUGGGACAAGAGGGCAAAAUAAUCGAGCGGGAUGAACCGAUGGAAGACGGUACCAGCGAUGCAAGGGGUCGCAAGCGUAAGGUAAACGAUUAUGCGGAGGAGGAGAAACGGUACCGGAAGGAUCCCAUGUUUAAGCUGGAAGGAAAUCAAACGACUAACCGAAACCUGAAGCAGGAGCUUAAAAAACGUAAGAAGCUGCUUAACAAGCUCGAAAGCAAGGGACUAAAGUCGAAGAAAGAAGCGUACGAUUUUGAGGCAGAUUAUGGGAUGGAUGAAUGAAAUACUUUACGGCUAUCCGUAGAAACAUACGUGUUUGUCAUCAAACAUAGAAAAUGGCAGAAAUUACAUUUACCCUUGCUUUAGAAUUAACUGCAACAACCGAACCCAAUAAAAAAUAAAAUCGUUCGAUGCACCCAUAAAACAAUGUU